AUGUCUGUGUGGAAACAUUCACGGCGGUCAAGAAACAACCCGAAGUCUUCCGAUGAAGCAGAAAGGCCAAUAUUGUCGAGCAGCUCUGACCGAAGGUCUAGCGGCAAGAGAUCGUCAUUUUUACAUUCUCACAAAGACAAGCGUAAGAGUGAACCUCCAAGUAAAACCCUGGCUGAGGUGUUUGAUGAGAAGUACCAGGGCGUCUACAGGCCGUUAUACUCAAGAGUGUUUGUGAAAUUGCAAGACCUACAAAAUAUAGAAGGCAAUGGGAGAGUGACUCUCAAUGAUCUCGAGAAAGGAUGUGACUCGCUUCCACAUGAAGACGAUAUUUGGGAAUACAGAGGCUACUGCUCAGAGCUCAACAAAGUACAAAGUAAGCUGAAGCAAGCUAAAGACAUCGGUUCCCAUGGAGUCGAAGAUCUCGAAGAGGAAGAACGAUGGGCUAAAGAUGAUAAAGAGAGCCAUGAACAAUGCAUAGAUUAUGCUCUCGAGCAACUCUGUCAAGCGUUUAACCUGCAGAGCAAUGUUGCAAAAGCCACUAAUGCAAGUGAUCAGAGUCUGUCAGGCAAAUCCCAGGUCAUAGAAGAUUAUGAGUACCUUCUUGAGUUCUGGCGGAGGAGGGACCUUGAAAAUCUUGCAAAAUCAAUCGAAUUCCUCAGACAGGCUAGAAAUUAUCAAAGGUUGAUCCUUGAUGAUUAUUAUUGGAGACACAACUAUGCUGGGUUGAUACAAGAGCUCUCGAGUGAAGUCGAAAAAAUUAAUGAGAAAGUUGAAAAAUUAAGAUGGUCUGAGAGAUCUGAAGAAAGUGUGAAAGCAUUAUUAGCUACUGAACAAGACCUGCAGGAUAUUAAAAGAAAGAUCAAUACUGAACUUGCAUGGAUAGCCAAACACUUUAGUUAUCGCAAUAAAAAUAAAGAAACUGCACUCAGAAAUGUUCAAACCUUAUGGGAAAAUGAACGAUUUAAGGAACAGCUAGAGAACCUAAAAGUAGGAGAUAAAAACCAUACAGAGAAUGAGAGAGAGCGUCCUGGACACACAAGCAGAGGACAUAAACCAAAGAAAUGA